UCAUGUGAAAAAAGUACAAGUAAUCCAAAUCAAAUACUCGAAGACCUCAGCAACGACAGAUCAUUGGAUGAUGACCCGUUGUACAGCUGCAUCGAAGAUCGUAAACCUGGUGCAGAGGAGGGAGCAUGUGGCUUUACUGCACAUGGAAAGGAACAAUCACCAUCUGAUCCACUUUAUACAGAUGUGGAGAACGUUAUUGUACAUUAUGCAACUGUUAAAAAAGAUCCAUCGCCUAACAACAAAAAGUACAAAUACAACCCGGUGUACGCUUUAACUGCAUCGCCCCCGGACAAUGAUGAUCUUCAUGCAACAACAAGCAAUCAACUGACUUCCGUUGAUAAUCUUACAAACAUGCAAGAGAGCAAAGAAAAUAUCCAUUACGGCUACAAAAGUGAAAGUGAGGACGAUCCGCUUUACUCAAUAGUAAACAAAAAACAAACAAUGCAUCUAAUUAGGACACACGUCAUUCCGGGGUACUUAACGGUGAGGAAGAAAUAUAUAAAUGCCGAAACAACAACGUUUGCCGUCGAUUGCGAUUCAAACACAGUUGACCCAUUGUAUUCCGUAGUGGAAAAGAAGAAAAUAAGAGGUAUUGUGACCGAUGACUGGAAUCAAGCUGUGCCACCAGCACCAGCAUGUUCCAGUUCAGUUGAUCCACCAUACAGCAAAGUCAACAAGAAGAACAAGAAAGGUAACAACACGAGUGAUGAAAGGUAAGUAUGUAUUUUAAUGAUGAUGGAAAAUUGUUUG